UCGCGUAUGAUGUGCAUCCGCUUUCGGCAACCGAUUUCUCUUCUCGUUUCCGUCAUUCAUCACUCUAACAAUCACCCAAGGAGCCCGCAGCUGAAACCUUCUCCAAACUAAACUCUUUCCCGAAGCAGCCAUGCGGGUGAUCGUGUUGCUGGCGGUGACCGUGCUGUCUCUGAGCCCGGCGGCGGUGAGCGGAGCCGAGAAGAAGAAGCUGCAGAUCGGCAUCAAGAAGCGAGUGGACAACUGUCCCAUUAAGUCCCGCAAAGGAGACGUGCUGAACAUGCACUACACGGGCAAACUGGAGGACGGCACUGAGUUUGACAGCAGUAUUCCCCGAAACAGGCCCUUCACCUUCACCCUGGGCAGCGGCCAGGUGAUCAAAGGCUGGGACCAGGGGCUGCUCGGCAUGUGCGAGGGCGAGAAGAGGAAGCUGGUCAUCCCCGCAGAGCUCGGCUACGGAGACAGAGGAGCUCCGCCAAAGAUCCCCGGAGGAGCGACGCUCAUCUUCGAGGUGGAGCUGCUCAGCAUUGAGAGGAAAUCUGAGCUUUGAUGAAGAGGAGCGGGCAAAUGUGGCAACUUUCAAAACGUUCCAGGAGCUGUUGCAGCAUUACGUGGAGACCUCUGAUGAGGAUCACACAGAAGAUCUGGGAGUAGAGUUGGAAAACCCCUGCAGAG